AUGUCCUGCAGUAAAUGUAAGGUCACUGAAUCCAAAGAAGAACCAUUAACCAAUUGUGAUAAAUGCACUGGUAAAUACUGUCAAACUUGUGCUAGGCUCUCUACUACUGAAUACAGAGCAGCAAUACUUAAAUCUUCCAGAACCUUAUUAUUUCUGUGUCCAAAUUGCAGAUCUUCUUUUGAUUUCAUACAACCAGAAACUUAUAUAAAAAGUAAAAUUGAAGCUGAACUGAAAUCCCUAAGAGAUGAAAUUUUAUCAAUUAAAAAUGAUUUCUCUCUUUUUUCUAAAAAUAGUAAAUUGCUCAAAAAAGAUGAAACUACGGAUAUUCUAAAAGCCGAAAUACUAAAACUAAAAGAAGAAUUUAAAAUCGAAAUAAAACAACUAAAACAUGAAAUAAUUAAUCUCAAAGAGUCAAAUAUAGAUAUGAUAAUACUAAUGACCAAUGCUCCCGCCAGUGUGAGUCUCUCAAGUAGAAAACCAUUAUUUGCUAAAAUAGUUCAAAUGAUACCCUCCAACAUGUUAGCAUCCGCACACAAAAGAGCAAUUCAGCAUCACCCUCGCAUAAACCACCGGCAUCGCAAAGAAAUGCGACAAAUUCAUCUCAUAAAGAUAAUCUACUUACUCAUCAUAAGCCAACAUUCUACACUAUAUCUCAACUAA